AUGGUCAGUAGAGUUCCUGGACCAGAAUCAGAAAAACCUGAAAUAAAAGUUGGCCUGAGACUUAGUAGCCGCACAAUCCUAGUGUGGAAGAAUCAUCACAUGAGGACUGUCACCAACUACUUCAUCGUGAACCUUUCCCUGGCAGAUGUGCUUGUGACCAUUACUUGUCUCCCAGCAACAUUGGUGGUGGAUAUUACAGAGACUUGGUUCUUUGGGCAAUCCCUCUGCAAAGUGAUCCCUUACUUACAGACCGUGUCCGUCUCUGUAUCUGUGCUAACAUUGAGCUGCAUAGCCUUGGAUCGAUGGUAUGCCAUUUGUCACCCUUUGAUGUUUAAGAGCACUGCCAAGCGGGCAAGGAACAGCAUUGUAAUUAUCUGGAUUGUAUCGUGCAUCAUAAUGAUUCCUCAGGCUAUUGUCAUGGAAUGCAGCAAUGUGCUCCCAGAUUUAGCCAAUAAAACCACUCUGUUUACAGUGUGCGAUGAACACUGGGGUGGUGAAAUUUAUCCCAAGAUGUACCACACAUGUUUUUUCCUGGUGACAUAUAUGGCACCUUUAUGUCUCAUGGUGUUGGCCUAUUUACAAAUAUUCCGAAAACUAUGGUGCCGCCAGGUAAGCAAUUUCAGUUGAUUUAUAUUUGAUCUGUUAAGAAUAUACAUAAACCCAAAUUUCAACAAUGCAGGGCAGAUAAUGACAAGCUUUAAUAAAAAGUUGACAUAUUAGCUAA